GCGUGGGCGGAGCCUUACUUUGAACUCAGUUGGCGGGAGUUGCGGCUGGAAAAGGGAUUUGGGCGGCUGCUGCAGGUUUCAGUCUGGGCUGACCUGCAAUGGAGCCCCCCGACGGGAGCGAGAAGGAGGGCGGAAGAGACGCGGCGGCAGGGGAGUGCGUGGACAGAAUCUCGGUGCCAAGACCUCCCUCCAUUGAAGAAUUCACCAUAGUGAAGCCCAUUAGCCGUGGAGCCUUCGGGAAGGUGUAUCUGGGGCAGAAAAGCGGCAAGUUGUAUGCGGUGAAGGUUGUCAGAAAAGCAGACAUGAUCAACAAAAAUAUGACUCAUCAGGUACAAGCUGAGAGAGACGCACUGGCUCUAAGCAAAAGUCCUUUUAUUGUCCAUUUGUACUAUUCACUGCAGUCAGCAAACAAUGUCUACUUGGUAAUGGAAUAUCUUAUUGGUGGAGAUGUCAAGUCUCUCUUACAUAUAUAUGGUUAUUUUGAUGAAGAGAUGGCUGUAAAAUAUAUUUCUGAAGUAGCAUUGGCUCUAGACUACCUUCAUAGACAUGGAAUUAUCCACAGGGAUUUGAAACCAGACAAUAUGCUUAUUUCUAAUGAAGGUCAUAUUAAACUAACAGAUUUUGGCCUUUCUAAAGUUACUCUAAAUAGAGAUAUCAAUAUGAUGGAUAUCCUUACAACACCAUCAAUGGCUAAACCCAGACAAGAUUAUUCAAGAACCCCAGGCCAAGUAUUAUCUCUCAUCAGUUCUUUGGGAUUUCACCCACCAGUUGCAGAAAAAAAUCAAGACUCUACAAAUAUUCUUUCAACUCAUGUAUCUGAAACAGCACAGCUUUCUCAAGGACUAAUUUGUUCUAUGUCUAUAGAUCAAAAGGAUGCUACUCCUUAUUUUAGCAGACUAAAAUCAUGUGUUGAAACAGUUGCCCCCAACCCCAGAAUGCCUAUGAAGUGUCUAACUCCUAAUCUACUGCAGUCUAGGAAAAGGCUGGCUACAUCAAGUGCCAGUAGUCAGUCCCACACCUUUGUGUCCAGUGUGGAAUCUGAAAGCCACAGCAGUCCCCAAUGGGAGAAGGAUUGCCAGGAAAGUGACGAUGCAUUGGGCUCUCCAACGAAAAGUUGGAAUACAACUGAAAAGCCUUUUUAUACAAAAUCUACAAAUGCCAUCGAGACCAACAGUUUCAGUAAAAAGGAUCUUGAAUUAACUCUUUCUCCCAUUCAGAACAGUAGUGCCAUUCCUGCCACUGGAAACUCUUGUAUAAACCUUGCUAAAAAAUGCUGUUCUGGAGAAGUUUCUUGGAAAGCAAACAAACUGGAUAUAAAUAAUAUUAACAUGGCCACUGACACAAAACAGUCUGGUUUUCAUCAGGCAAAUCAGUGGGCCUUGAAUUCUGGUGGUAUGAUUCAAGAGCACCUUGGGAAAAGAAGUGUUAAGAGAAAUUUUGAGUUAGUUGACUCCAGUCCUUGUCAGGAAAUUAUACAGAAUAAAAAAUGUUGUCUAGAAUAUAAGCAGAGUAAUGAAACGAGAGAUCGUUAUGCAAAUCAAAGUACAGGCUUAACGACCGAAGUCCAGGACCUUAAGCUCUCCGUGUACAGAAGUCAGCAAAAUGACUGUGCCAAUAAGGAGAACAGGGUUGAUUCUUUUAUCGAUAAACAACAAACACCAGAAAAAUCACCUAUACCGAUGAUAGCAAAAAACCUUAUGUGUGAGCUGGAAGAAGAUUCUGACAAGAAUAAUAAGGACAACUUAAGUUCUAGUUUCCUGUGUUCUGAUGAUGACAGAGCUUGUAAAAGUAUUCAUAUGGACUCUGAUUCAUCUUUUCCUGGAAUUUCUAUGAUGGAAAGUUCAUUAGAAAAGCAGUCCUUAGAUCCAGAUAAAAGCAUCAAAGAAUCUUCUUUUGAAGAAUCAAAUAUUGAAGACCUUACUGUAUCGCCCAGCUACCAAGAAAAUACUUUGCCGAAAGACGAUGAGAAUACUGCUGUCCAAGACAGUAACCAAAUGUUAGCUCCUUCUUCAGAGGUGUCGAAAACAUUAACCUUCUCUAAAAGAAAUGCUGUAGCUUUUCGAAGUUUUAACAGUCAUAUUAAUGUAUCCAAUAACUCAGAACCAUCCAAAAUGAGUAUUACCUUAGAUGCAAUGGAUGUUUCAUGUGCUUAUAGUGGUUCGUAUCCCAUGGCGGUAACCCCUACUCAAAAAGGAAGAUACUGUAUGCCAUGUCAGCAGACCCCAAAUCAGGCCAGAUCAGGGACUCCAUAUCGAACUCCAAAGAGUGUGAGAAGAGGCGUGGCCCCAGUGGAUGGCGGGCGAAUACUGGGAACCCCUGACUACCUCGCACCUGAGCUGUUAUUAGGCAGGACUCACGGUCCUGCAGUAGACUGGUGGGCACUUGGAGUUUGCUUGUUUGAGUUUCUAACCGGAAUUCCCCCUUUUAAUGAUGAAACACCACAACAAGUAUUCCAGAAUAUUCUCAAAAGAGAUAUCCCUUGGCCUGAAGGUGAAGAAAAGUUAUCUGACAAUGCUCAAAGUGCAGUGGAAAUACUUUUAACCAUUGAUGAUACAAAGAGAGCUGGAAUGAAAGAGCUGAAGCGUCAUCCUCUCUUCAGUGAUGUGGACUGGGACAAUCAGCAGCAUCAGACUAUGCCUUUCAUACCGCAGCCAGAGGGUGAAACAGAUACGUCCUAUUUUGAAGCUAGGAAUAAUGCUCAGCACCUGACCGUAUCUGGAUUUAGUCUAUAGCACAUAAAAUUUCCCUUUAAUCUAAUCUUGUCUUGUAAAAUGAGCUAGCAUAGUUAUAUACUCCUUAAUACUAGAUCGAUCUCAGGGUGGGGGGAAAAAAUCAUUAUUUUACUUGGAUCUAUGAGCUUUUAAUGUAUGUUACAGCUUCUACAGAGGUAAAAGGCUAUUAAGAAUAUAGUUGGUAACUUACCUUAAUCUCAGAAUUGUAUAUAAAUCUUCAAAGAUUUUUUCAUCUUAUUUAUUUUGUUACUGCACUUUAUGAAAAUAAAUGUAUCAAUAAAACUAGAAUGGCACUACCACUUUAGAGAAAGACGAAGCCUUGAGCCUGAUUUCUUUCUCAUCUGUUUACUUUGGUCCACCAUUCAGUUUGGUGUUAAAAUAACACAAUUAUACAAUUUUAUUUUAAUGUAACUUUUCUUUGUAUAUUAUUGCCUGCAAAAGCUUUAGUCUCAAGGGCAGUCAUUUAAGGCUGUAUUUGUUACUUCAAAAUGCAGCUGGAAAAUUCCUUCACUCAAUAAUGUAACUCCUUCGGGGAAUGAGGAAUAAACAAAAGGCCUAAAGUUUUAGCUUACUUUCCUAUGAAAACAGUUUUGCUGCCUUGACUGCUUCUGAUACUUUCUCUACAAUACAUGUUUGUUUAAAAUAGUACUGGAAAGCUUAGGUGUGAUAUACUGUAGCAAUUUUAACUGCUUCUUCAGUUUUAACAAAAAAACGUGAUGGUUUAAAUCUUAAAAUAAUUUGUUUUAAAAUAUAUGCAGCAUUACCAGAGACAGCCUGAUCCUUUAAAAUGUUUUACUUUUGUUUAAUAGAUAUAAUUGCAACAUACUUCAAAUAUGUUAUCUGCCAACAUCAUUCUUUUAAAUACACACAUAUACACUGAGGUUCAGCUUCACAGGUCAUAUCUUAAGUUCAUUGAGACUUUCAACAUAAUUACCCCCUAAAAAGCAAAGUUCAAAUUUAAAUGUACGGUAUGUAACUUUUCUGCUAGUCUAUUAUAUACUGUUGUUCCUUUUGCACAUUGGUUUUAGUGUUUUUACUUUCCAUUAUUAUCCCAAUAAGAGCCCUGCUGAUGUAGUUGAGAAAGAUAAUAAAAGUGUAAAACUGUUAGAGUGAAAGAUACACCGUUAUAAUCAGUGCUGUAUAAUUGAAUCCAUGGUUUAAUAGUUUUACUGAGCUUUCGUAAUAACUGCUUAGACUUAAUGCUCCUAAUAGUCACCUCUUCUAAUAAAAUAUUCAAAAUAAGUUGUUAAAACUUUGUUUAAUAUAAAUUACAUCUUUCUCUUAAUUAGAUAAAAGCAUAGGAUUAUUUAUUAUCCUUUUAUGAUAUUCUCAAGUAGUAGAGAGAAAGAACAAUGGCCUUGGGAUCAAGCACAAAUGGUCGAAACCAUUGCUCUGCCACUUUAAAAGACCCUGAGUAGGUAAAACUCUGAGCUGCUGAUUGUUCACCUGUAUAGUGUGGAUUAAUAAUAAGGAACAAGCAUGCAUAAAUAGAUAGAAAGACAGACAGACAGACAGAUAAAUGCCAGUUCCUUAAUGGAACUGCCCAGACACCAGUCUUAUGAGAGACUCAAACAUUAGUGAAUAAUUGGGGGAAAUGUAUGGUAAACCUAUUCCCAAUGUAAGAGACAGUGCCUUAAGUAUUAAAGUUAAAAGGUUUGCUGUUAUAGACCUAGCAUGGGCAGCUAUAGUCACCUGGAAUUCCACAUGCUGUAAUGGUGUUUACUGGGAAUAAGUGAUUUAUUAUCUAAACCUAAACUCUUUAAUACGCCUGUCAAGAUGUUAUGUGUUCAGACAUUCAUUAAGAAAAAACCUGAGACAGAACAAAUGGGCAUGGUUUUGAUAGUGUGUGUGUGUGUGUGUGUGUGUGUGUGAGCAUACAUGUCUUUAAAGAACACUGACUGCUUCUGCCAGUAGAAAUCUGUGUAUCUGCUGCUAUAUACAAUUUUUUUGAAUUUAUUAGAAAAUGUAUUAAUAUGGAGAAGAAAUGAGAACUGCCAGAUAAAAUGUUAUAAAUUUCUCAAAUGAUAUUACAAUUUUCUCAUCCAAUAAAUGUUAAUUUUUGUAACGGUU